ACCUUUCUCCCCUUCUCUUUUCUCUCUCUCUCUCUCAAGAGAGAAAAAAAAAAAAGGAUUCAGUUUUCUCAGGGAAAAAUUCUCUUUUUCUCUCCAAAAACAGAGCAUAGAUGAUCAUCAAUGAUCAAGAACCCACAGUGAGAGAAAUCAAACCCAAAAGCAGAAGAAUCAUGGGAGGGGGAGGUCCAGACUUUGAUGAUUAUGAUGAUAGAGAGGAUAUCAAGUGGCCUCCGUGGCUGCGUCCACUGCUGCAGACAAGUUUCUUUGUUCACUGCAAGCACCAUGCUGAUGCUCAUAAGAGUGAAUGCAAUAUGUAUUGCUUGGAUUGCAUGAAUGGUGCUCUUUGCUCUCUUUGCCUUUCAUUUCACAAGGAUCACAGAUCAAUUCAGAUUAGGAGGUCUUCCUAUCAUGAUGUGAUCAGGGUGUCAGAGAUUCAGAAAUUUCUGGACAUUUCAGGGAUUCAGACUUACAUUAUCAACAGUGCAAGGAUUGUUUUCUUGAAUGAGAGGCCACAGCCAAGGCCAGGAAAAGGAAUCACCAACACCUGCCAGGUCUGUGAGCGCAGCCUUCUUGAUUCCUUCAGUUUCUGCUCUCUUGGUUGCAAGGUUGUUGGGACAUCCAAGAAUUUCAGGAAGAAGAAAAUGUUGGAGGAAACUGAUCAAGGGUCGGAUGCAGAGUCCCUGAAUAGGGCAAACAAUGGAAGCACAAAGAGCAAAUUGCAGAGCUUCACGCCGUCAACGCCACCGCCGACCUCCGUGAAUUACAGAACCGCCAAGAGAAGGAAGGGGGUUCCCCAUAGAGCUCCAAUGGGAGGGCUCAUUUUAGAAUACUAAAUUAUAGCUUUGUUUUCAUCGAUAUAUGUCUCUAUCUUCUCAUGAAAGAGAGUAGAUGUACAACAUCUGAGCCCUGUGCCUGGAGGCCGGUGUUAGAAAAUGGAACUGAUGAAUUAUGGUCGAUCUAUAUUGGAGAAUGUACAUAGAAGAAUAAAUAAGGAAAACGUUGGGUUGCCAGAUUAUAAUAGAAUUCAAGGAAAAUAUAGGUAGAUUUGGAGAUUUAUGGCAGUAGUCAUGAUGAUGGAUAGCCUUUUGAUACUUUUAUUUUGUGAAUCUUAUUUGAUAUGGAUCUAAAUGUAUAUAAUAGUUGGUUUAAGAGAUGAAAUGUAAUGUGCAAAUGAAACGAAUGGCGAUUA